GACUUCACGUUGAACUAUAUCAUAACAAAGAAGAGAAACUAAAAAGAGCAGCUACGGGUAGAAUGAGAUCCCCAAAAAUUAUGGGAUUAGGGCAUUGCAUGGUUUAUGUUGUGGUCUUUAGCGCCAUCGUAGCUGCAGCUUACCCUUAUGAAUCUCCCCCAACAACUCAGAAAUAUCCCCCAGUCCAUAAAACCAAAUCACCAUAUCCACCCAAAAAGAAUUCCCCAUAUUACUCGGCACCACCAUCUCCUCCACCACAAUAUAGAAGACAAGGCCCUAAAUAUACACCACAUCCAAAACCAUAUAUCUACAGUUCCCCACCACCUCCGUCAUACUACUCUCCUUCCCCGAAGGUCGAAUACAAAUCUCCACCACCGCAUUAUGUCUACAGCUCCCCACCACCUCCACCAUACUACUCUCCUUCCCCGAAGGUAGACUACAAGUCUCCACCACCGCCAUAUGUAUACAGCUCUCCACCACCGCCACCAUACUAUUCUCCUUCCCCGAAGGUAGAGUACAAGUCUCCUCCACCACCAUACGUUUACAACUCUCCACCACCUCCACCAUACUACUCUCCUUCUCCUAAGGUCGAAUACAAGUCUCCACCACCACCAUACGUGUACAGCUCCCCACCACCUCCGCCAUACUACUCUCCUUCUCCGAAGGUAGAGUACAAGUCUCCUCCUCCUCCUUAUGUCUACAGCUCCCCACCACCUCCACCAUACUACUCUCCUUCGCCAAAGAUGGUCUACAAGUCUCCACCACCGCCAUACGUCUACAGCUCCCCACCACCUCCACCAUACUAUUCUCCUUCCCCGAAGGUAAACUACAAAUCUCCACCACCGCCAUACGUCUACAGCUCCCCACCACCUCCACCAUACUAUUCUCCUUCCCCGAAGGUAAACUACAAGUCUCCACCACCGCCAUACGUGUACAGCUCACCACCACCUCCACCAUUCUAUUCUCCUUCCCCGAAGGCCGAAUACAAGUCUCCACCUCCGCCAUACGUGUACAGCUCCCCACCACCUCCACCAUACUAUUCUCCUUCGCCAAAGGUUGACUACAAGUCUCCACCACCGCCAUAUGUCUACAGCUCCCCACCAUACUACUCGCCUUCCCCAAAAGUUUCCUACAAGUCUCCACCACCUCCACCAUAUGUCUACAAAAUGCCCUACUACUAAUUUUUAAAUUGUUUCUUUAACAAGCAACAUGAUUCAUUGCUAUUGUUUUAUUUGAUGAAAUUGUCUUUUGAUUUUCCGUUGUUGUUGCCUCUUCUAUUUUAUGGUUUUAUAAUACCACUAAAAUUUG